AUGUCCACCUCUGCCGAUACCAAGAAAGCCGACCACCUGUGUGUCCUCGUCCAUGGUCUGUGGGGGAACCCUGAGCAUCUGAAAUACGUCAGUACCACACUGGGCGAGAGAUUUCCACAAGACGAACUGCACAUCCUCGUGGCCAAGCGCAACGCUGGCAGCUUCACCUACGAUGGUGUCGAUACUGGCGGCGAGCGUGUCGCAGAAGAGGUCGAGGGCAAGAUAGAAGAACUAGCCAAAGCCGGACACGACAUAACUAAGAUCAGUGUCGCCGGCUACUCGCUAGGAGGCUUGAUCGCACGCUAUGCCAUCGGUCUGCUCUAUCACAGAGGCGUCUUCGACAAGAUACAGCCAGUCAACUUCACGACCUUCGCGACACCACACCUCGGCGUGCGGACGCCCCUCAAAGGCUACCACAGCCACAUAUGGAACGUCUUGGGAGCACGAACGCUUUCUAUGAGCGGCAGACAACUGUUUGGCGUCGACAAGUUUAGAGACACAGGCCGAUCGCUCCUAUCUGUACUCGCAGACCCCGAGAGCAUCUUCAUCCGAGGCCUUGCGCAGUUCAAGCACCGAAGUCUAUACGCAAACGUCGUGAAUGACCGAACAGUCACAUACUAUACCGCCGGCAUCUCACAAACCGACCCCUUCGUCGACCCAGACGACAUCAAGAUAAACUACAUCCCAGACUAUGAGGAAGUCAUCGUCGAUGGCGAUCACCCAGUCUCGCCAAAGGAGCCUGAAGAACCCCCAGCUUUCUCACAACGACUGGCGCAAGGCACAAGGACAAUACUGGGACGGGCGACGAUUGUCGCAGUUCUGACAGUCUUCAUACCAUUUGGUGUGUCGGCCUUCCUCAUCAAUUCGGCUGUUCAGACGAUUCGCAGCGGUCAACGCAUAAGACUACACGAAGAAGGCAGAUCUGGCAUCGACUACGCACGCUACCGCAUACCCAACAUGAUCACCGCCAUGCGACGAGAAGCCGAGGGCAUGUAUGAGAACGCGAACCAUGCCCAGAGCCAAGAUUAUUUGAGCGAGGGCUUCGAACAUGUGGCCUCUCCCACCCAGCCCAUCUCACCGCGCUCGCGCAAGGAUAAGCCCAAAUCGGACGCCGAUUCGAUACAGGAGCAAAAGGAUGCUGCGAAGGUCAUUUUCCCGACAUUGGCCCUUACCGAUGACCAAUUCAAGAUGAUCGAAGCGCUAGACAACGUGGGCUUCACAAAGCACCCAGUCUACAUACAUAACCACCGACACUCCCACGCGGCCAUUAUCGUGCGUAUGAACAAGCCUUCCUUCAAUGAGGGCAGGGUGGUCAUCAAGCACUGGCUCGAUAACUUCGAACUCUAA